UUUCCGGUUGCAGUGUGGUCGUUUCCUGCUGCUACGACAACACCUAGUUCUGUCAGAUCAGAGAUGUAACUUGAUCCCAGUCAAUAAACACUGAACAGUGUCCGCUCAUCCACCAUGGAUAGGGAAGACUGUCACCGAAAGCAUGCAGACAAGUCCGACAAACUGGACGACAAAUUUAGUAUCGUCUGCGGCGACCUGGGAUUGGGAGAGGGACUGAAACCGGGCGGGAUACUUCAAGGUUUGAAUUUGCCUGAAUUCCCAGACGGUGCGAGCAAUGUAACGCCGCCCCACAAUGAAAGUACUGUCACUAGGAGGAAUAGUCAACCGUGCCAUGUCAACGGCAGUGAUUCUGUGUCCAGACAAACUCCUGAAAGGCGAAAGUCACUCGUGUUCAAAUCAAAAACCAGAGGCAGAUCAGCUGAUUCAAAUGACACAUCUCCCUCUGGAUCUGAACAUUUUCCUACAUAUGCAGAUAUACCUUUGGGAACGUCGCUUCGUCAACAGAGGAAGUUGUUUGAACAAAAUCUGGGAUCCCUUCGUAAAAGACACGACAUGUCUACCUCUGAAGAACUAUCAGUGAAUUCAGCUGAUGGUGAUAAUAAUCGUAAAAGGUUAACAAGUGUAGAAAUCGAGAAAAAAUUGCUGGAAGCUUUACAGGAAGUAGAGGAGUUGAAAAUAGAGCUGGACACAUGUCAAAAACGUCUGGAUGCAAAAUACAUGGCCAUUGCUAUCUUAAAGCGGCAGUCCUUCAGAGAGCAGGCUGACGAGUCAACAGAAGAGUACACCAUCACAGAGAAGAUAACUCGGGAGUGCAGCAAGAUGUUGGCUGAGGAUAGUGCUGUCGACCUGUCAGGGGAUCUGUCGGGGGACCAGUCUGCAGGUGGCGGUGAUGUAGAGGAGGGGGAGGGGCUGCUGUUGCUGCCCCCUCAUGAACUCUUGUGGGACGAUGAAGCACUGUUGCAGAGAGUCUGCCAGGAGAAUGGUCUCCUCAUGUCUACACUGGAAGCCAGGUCAGAGGAACUACGCAGAGCUAACUGUCAAAAGAUGGCUCUGGCUCGGGAGAGAGACGAGUUGCUGGCCUUGCUGGAUGUGAAAGAGAAGCUGAAGUACGAGAGAACGAGAAGCACCGCCUCAGACGAGGACUACGGCACAUACUCAUCAGCAGAGCUGGCAGUGUUGGGGGCGUGUCAGUGCCGGGGGACCAAGACAGAGCCAUGUGGGUGUGCCCACGCUGCAGCCAACCUCCGCAGGGACACUCUCAGGCUCAGGGAGGAGAUUGAGCUGUACAAGCAUCGGAGGGAUGAAGCUUAUCUCACCGUGGAUGCAUACAGGAAGGCCUUUGAGGAACAGCUCAACAGGAACAAGUUCCUCACCCUCAAACUGUCUGAACUCACCAUACCUGCCUCCUCAAAACCUGUCAAGGCAAAGGCGGCUAUCAAGUGGCUUAUCAGCGUUCUCAAUGAUGAUGACCUUCACAUGUCCAUCCCACACCAUGGCCUGCCCAACGGCCCCCUGUCCGGCAUCAACACAACACUGAUGACCCCCCAGGAACUCAUCACACUGCUGUCUGAAAUGGUCCAUGAGAAAUGUGAGGCACUGGCUCACCAGAAACUGGCAGCCCAGGUCUUGGCCAACAAGGUGGAAUCCCUCGAGAAACAGAUGCGUGCCCUCAAGGAGGAGGAUGUCUUCACGUGAAGUCAGACAGCCAGGUGUCGGCCAACAUAGAGGAGGAUGGCUUCACGUGAAGUCACACUUCCAGGGGUUGGCCUACACGGAGGACUAUGUCUUCACGUGAAAUCAAACAGCACAGAUAAACCUUCUCAUCAUAUUUUGAUCUCUCUUCAUGUUGAAAUCCGGAAAUCCAUCCAGAACAUACAACAGUUUAUUGACAUGAUCUAGUGUUUUCCAGGUGGCACUCAGGUGCAACACAUCUACUUAAUCUGAUCAUUGGUCUAUUGAUAAGUAUUGAUAUCUUUAUAACUUGGAGAACAUUCUUGUUUCAUAGCAACACAUAUUUUUAUACACACAACUAAAUUUAUGCAGUUUUAAGGAUGUAUUUCUUUGAUAUGUAAAGUUUUUGAGAUUACAAUUACAGAAUUUGCUUGCUUGUAACCACAGCUCAAUGAAAGUGUUUUGAAGAUUGUUUAUCAGAUAUUUAGUGCUGUCUUGUGAUAGAGAUUUACCUCUCACAUAUUUGUUUAUUGUUAUGUGCCUUCAAAAUAGGAUUCUGACUGGGUUCUGUCUUUUGUUUAAAGUUUGAUGUACUCAAUUGUUGACAUAUCAGACAUAAAACCAGUUUAUGUUGUCACGUACCCAGUCACAUGUGACAUUCAGUGUCACACAAAUCACAUUGUCAGAAAUGUUCUUUGAAAAACAAAAUAGUUUUCAGUCCAAAGCAUGUGACAUGUAGGCCAGUGACAAAUAUGUAUUGAAAGUGGUAAUAGUUCAUUUCUAAUAUCUACAGUUUGUCUGACUUAACUGUUACCUUUUGGACCUGCAAGUUGUCAGAAAUUCUUAUGGAAUUAUUUUUAGAUAAUUCUAGCAUUAAAAACAAAGCUACACAUUCUGAAUCCUUUACUCACAAAUGCUUGCAUACUUUGAUCAUACA